AUCACUUCUAUAAACAUAGACCCUUACAUGGACUUCUCCAACUGCUCCUACAAAGAAGAGUUGUAAAGAGAAAUGGUGGAAGAAAUGUCUAGCCAGGAAAUGAUAAGUAGAAAUGAAACUUUUACUUCAGUGCCAGUUUUCACAUCCUAUCUAUUAGGAGAAUGGACAAAUACUGCUGAUAUCCUGAUUCUUCGUAUGGCUGUAUAUUGGACAGUGACCAUGGCAAUCUUUACAACUAGUGUCCCCAUUAUUCUAACUGGUGUUUGUUAUACUUGUGCACUUAUGGUACUAAUAUAUCAAAAAGUAAACAAACUAAACAAUGAUUAUUCUAGUACAUUGUGGGACAAUGCCAGACUAUAUAUUGCUUACCUCCUCACUGGAUUUGGAAAAAUAAUGCAUGGAUAUGAGAUUCAUGGCACAGAAAACAUACCACAAGGGCCAGGUCUCAUUGUUUACUACCAUGGAGCUAUCCCUAUUGAUUACUCAUUUUUCUUCGCUAAUCGACUUGUUUUCCAUGGGCAACGCUGUUAUUCUGUAGUUGAUCACUUUCUCUUUAUGAUACCAGGUUUAAAAACAUUAUUAAGGAUAAUGAAUUUUACAACAGGUUCAAGAGAGGAAUGUCUGAAAAUUCUCAAAAAUGGCAAUUUGUUGGGUAUCUCACCAGGAGGAGUUCGAGAAGCUUUGUUUAGUGACAGCAGCUACAGACUUCUAUGGGGUAAUCGUACAGGCUUUGCUCAGCUAGCUAUUGAUGCUAAAGUGGCCAUCAUCCCAUUGUUUACAGAAAAUAUCCGUGAUGGGUAUAGGACACUUGGAGAUAUAUGGCCACUGAGAUGUCUGUAUGAGCACACUCGAUUACCACUUGUUCCUGUUUAUGGAUUUUUUCCUGUCAAGUUCCGUGCAUAUGUAGGAGAGCCCAUAGCUUAUGAUCCAAACAUAACUUCUGACGAACUAGCUAAGAAGACAAAAAUUGCAAUAGAAGCUCUAAUACACAGACACCAAAAAACUCCUGGAAACAUAAUAAGAGCUAUUUUGGAUAGAUUUGAUAAGCAACAGAAACCAGACUAAGGUAA